AAUGGCAGUUUCAUGUAAUUCGGAAAUAAACGAUUCUUUUUCAAAAUAUGAAAUUCCCUACGAGGAGAUUUCGCAUGAGAUUGACAACAAUUUUCUGUCUCUCAAAGUUCCAAAGGACAUCGGACAGAUAGAGGCAGUUCAAGGAAAGACUCCUUCCAAUUCAGUUCGUGUCAAUUGUGCAGACACAUCCGGGAAAAACACUUGUAGGGAAGAGUGUACAAAAGUUAAUGUUAUUCCAAACAGGAAACCACCGGCAAAAAAACCAGAAGAAGAAUUAUUUUUGCUCAGAUGCAAAAAACGUGUCUUGCAAACAGAUAUUGUUGAACACACCCUUGAAAUAGAAUUAAAAGCACCUCGAAAUUAUCGACCGUUACCAAAACCAGGACCUCCUCCUCCAAUUAUAGAAAUUCCAUUUAUCCCCAUCGCAGGUAAAAAUGAAAAGAACAAGAAAAUAAAGAAAAAGAAGAAGAAAAAAAAGAAAUGAUAAAUAACCAAAUUUAAUUCUUUUUCUUUAAAAAAAAAGAAAGCAGUAAUAAUUUUCAUCUACAACAAAAAGCAAUAUCUCUCUCACGAAAAAAAUUUAUUUUUAUUAUAAAAAUUCAUGUUUGAAAAUGAAAAUAUUUCUAUUGAUGAAUGUGAGCAAAAGAUAAACGUUUGAAAGCAAUUUUAAUUUUACCAAAAUAUAUCGUCAUUGAUUCGCCGUCAUUUUCUAUAUAAUCGAAAAAUAUUCCAUGAACUAAAAUUCGUUUACCUCUGAAAAAAAAAUUUAUUCAUGUUUCGAUAACACAACUGCG